CAUUUGGAAUAUAGCAUGUGGAUUCCGCUUGCAUUCAGUAUGCAAACACACAGAGAGAGCUCAUAGAAUGGUGUCCCCUGGUGGACAGUGUUGCCAGUGAUUAUGAAGAGUCGAAAUACGAAUGUCUUUCAAGUAGGGGACGAGAGGACGCGGACAUUGGCAUAGUACAGGACGAGUAGGACACGAAUCAGACAAGUGAAAACUAUUUCAGUGAGAGCAAGGCAGUUGAGGCUACACCAUGGAGUUCAGCAGGAUAGAGUUCUUCCAGGAGCUAGGGGAGAGCUGUGUGCUCCCUACGGCACAGCAGGGAGUGGAACAGGUCUGGCAGCUACUGCUCCUCUGCCUGCUCUGUCGACUCCUCUGUAGGCUGGUAGGUCUCUCAUCUUCUGUGAAACACUUGGGCUCAGUGUCAGCGGGUCUAUAUGCCCUCUACCUGUUCUUUGAGCAGUCCAUGGUGUGGGUGUUAAUGCUCAGUAUGCUCUGCUACACGGUCCUGUUCCUCAACCGCCACUCCAGCAGCCGAGGAAUCUUCCUCUCUGCCACUAUCCUCAUCUAUCUACUCAUGGGAGAGCUGCAUAUGAUUGACACAGUGACCUGGCAUAAAAUGAGAGGUUCCCAGAUGGUGGUGGCCAUGAAGGCCAUUUCUCUGGCCUUUGACCUGGACAGAGGCACUGUGCUCGCUGUGCCCAACCCUCUGGAGUUCACAGGCUACAUUCUCUUUGUGGGCACUGUCAUCUUUGGACCCUGGAUUAGCUACUCAAGCUACAAAGAGGCCAUUGAGAGCCGUAAACUAAGUUGGUCCUGGCUCCAGAAGUUUUCAAUCAGCUGGGUGAAAUGCCAGGUAUGCUUGGUGAUAUCCAACUGCAUCGCCCCAUACCUCUUCCCUUACUUCAUUCCAAUCCACGGGAGCAGAGGACUGCGCACGUGGCUCCAUGCGUAUGAGAAUGCUGUAUCCUUCCACUUCAGUAACUACUUUGUGGGCCACCUCAGCGAAAGUACUACUGUGCUGGCAGGGGCAGGUUUCACUGAAGACAAAGACAAUGUCAAAUGGGAUCUGAAAGUGGUUAAGCCUCUGAAUGUGGAGUUGCCCAGGUCCAUGGUGCUGGUGGUGACCUCCUGGAACAUCCCCAUGUCUCGCUGGCUCAACAUAUAUGUUUUCAAAAGUGCUUUGAAACUUGGCACAUUUUCUUCCAUCAUUGUGACUUACACAGCCAGUGCCCUACUACAUGGCCUCAGCUUCCAUCUUGGGGCCGUGCUGCUGUCUCUGGGCUUCAUCACCUACGUGGAACAUGUUCUGAGGAAGAGGCUGGCAGCCAUCUUUAGUGCCUGUAUCCUGUCCAAACAGUGUCCCAACAAUUGCCAUCAUCAGCAGAAGAAGGAGCUGUGGGUGUAUGGCAUCAACCUGGCCUUCAGUGCCAUGGCCAUCUUCCACCUGACAUACCUGGGCUCCCUGUUUGAUGCUGAAGUAGACAACUUGGCUGCAGAGGAGGGUUAUGUGGCCAACCACACCAUUCAGAAGUGGUCAGAGUUGAACUGGGCCAGCCACUGGCUGGUGUUCGGCAGCUGGCUCUUCUACCGCCUCAUUCAGUAAUCUCAUUCUGCGAAGGUCUGUACUGAACAGAAGACAAAAGCGUGGUCCAAAAAGAACAGAAGACAAAAGCCUGGUCCAAAAAGAACCCUUAGUUCACAGGUGGGCCAUCUUACCUAGCAAGGUCUGGUGUGGGUAAAGACUUAGUGGACACGGAGCAGCGAAGUGUAGAGCCAGGACAAUUGUCCCACACCAUCAUGACUGGAAGAAUGCUGCAUUGUUUACCAGGGUCUUUCUGUAUUUGUUUGUUGUGGUGAACCAGUCACACACAAGUUCAUUGCUAUGAUGCAUCACACUGUUGAGAUUGAGAACCAGAGGUAGGCUGAAGAUUUGUCAGUGGCUUCUGUAUAGGCUACUGUUCAUCUUCAGGUCUUUUGGAGUUUGAUCACACACAAUCAUUAUGAAUAUUUAUGCUUCUGUGUAUAUCAGUAGCACCUAUUAGCCUUCUCACACUGCAUUGUUCUUAGCCCCAGGCUAAGACUGGGCCCUGGGCUAGCUUAUCCUGUGUUCAUACAAGCACUUGUUAACCUGGGGCUAAGGUGCAGUGUGCCUUAAGUGAAUGUAUUAUGUUGGACCAUUAAUGUUAUAUAAUUAGGCGGGGGGGGGGUGUAUGGCCAGUAUACCACGGCUAAGGGCUGUUCUUUUGCACGACGCAACAUGGAGUGCCUUGAUUCAGCCCUUAACCGUGGUACAUUGGCCAUAUACCACAAACCCUGAGUUGUCUUAUUGCUAUUAUAAACUGGUUACCAAUGUAAUUAGAGCAGUAAAAAUAAAUGUUUUGUCAUACCUGUGGUAUACGGUCUGAUAUACCACAGCUGUCAGCCAAUCAGCAUUCAGGGCUUGAACCACCCAGUUUAUAAUACAUGAUCUCGAUGGAGGUACUUUUUUUUCUACUUAUGUAUCUGUUUUUCUAUUAAAGACAUUUUAUUUCUA